CGAGUUCAUUUUUUUUUCUCUUCAAUGAUGUCGUGUUUCUUCAACAUUUUCUUGUUUAUUUUCCCAUUUUUUUGCUCUAAAAUUUUCUUCUCUGUACUACUUUUCAGUGGCUUCUUCCUUCAAGUGUUGAAUUUGACUGUAUUUUUUUGUUCUUUUCACACUGAGCUAUGUGUUUCGGUGAUUAUGUAAUUGGGUUAAGUUGUAUACCCUUCCUUGCAAGUUUUUGUGUUUUUUUGUGAAUGGGUUACUCUUGAGUAUUCUUCCUGUUACUUUUCCGUACAUGAAAUGUUUUGAUGGACUUGUUUUUGAGAAUAAAUACUUGUUUAUCAUAUUUUGGUUUGUUUUUGUGUCGUUGGCUGGUUAUCUGAUGGAUGGAUUUGAUACCCUUGUCUGGAGCAUCUGAUUCUGAUUGCAAAAUAUGAUUUGCCUGUGAGAUUUGUCUCAGAAAUGUCUGAUUGACUUGAUACCAUAACAUUUGGCCUAACUCUAUCUCAUUCAGAAAAUUCUUUUGAUCGCUGUUGGUGCUUCUGUGCUUGUCCUGCAGUUUAUGCUGUGCUUAUCAUUAUAUGAACUUUUGAUAUCAUUAUUAGUGUAUGCACAGUGCUCUUCUUUCCCUGUUCAGUGAUACUUGUGAGUGUUGAUUUCAGGGUUUCUUAAUUCUGGUUAGGAAAUAUUUGCACUCUCUUAUGGAUUUAUGACGUAAAAACAUUUGAUGUCUAUCAUAACUUAAAAGUGCCAAUCCCUUUUUGAGAAAGCCAAUUGUGACAAAAUUGGUUAUUUGUUUCCGGGGCUUGUGCUUAUCAACUUCAAUUUUAAAUGCUUCUGCAAGCAAGGUAGUUUUGUAUUCCUUUCUGUUGUCCAUUUAGAAAAUCCUUUUAACCGUAACCAAAUUCUUUCUUAAAACAUCAAACGUUUUCUUUUUGAGGGACAUGGAGGAAAGAAAUUUAAUUUCUGGCCCUCUUGCAUAGCAUUACAUGUGUUCCCAUUUCUCUUUUGUGAAGCCGGUUAUAGACUCUUGUCUAUUCUUCACCCGUUUGUCAUGUAACCUAUAUAUUUUCAUUUUUAGGUGAUGGAGAGGAUUGUUUGGUGCCAAAUUAUUCUCUGAGAAUAUAUACUGCUGGACGAGAUUGAUUUUUUUGGUGACGUUGAGUAAUCUGUUGUCUAUAGAUUUAUGUAAAAUAAUACUAUAUUAGAUUAAAUAUGUACAAUGUAUAUUCCUCACGAGUGCUUAACAUUUGAUGUCAAAAUGAAAAAUAGUGUUGGACACGAAGAUUAAAGUUGGCUUGUGGCAAUUUUUAUUUUCUUGUUGUGCAGAUGGGCUCACAUUUCUUUGCAGGUCUUCAUUACUAUGACAUCAUAUGGAAAUGUCACGAUCUAGAAUUAUUCUGUCUUCACAAUGUUUUGUCAGAUAAUUUAGCUGUAGAAUGGAAUUCCCCUGUGGGUCAUGUUUUCAUUCCCUUAAAAAUGAGGAUACUUUAUAAUAUCUUAUUUCAUUGAAAUCUCUACAUUGUCAUCUAUGGCACUAUUGGGCAUGGGUGCAAACAGGCAAAACAAUGGUUAUAUCCCAGGAUAUCAGUCCCCGAGGGAUUUUGUCUUCAGUGCAGAAGGCAGCACAUGGACCUCAUCUAAUUAUACUGGUGAACGUGAGGAUGACUGCUAUGGACUUGAAUCCUCGCCAUUGUCAUCAACUUGUCAUCUUUUAGGUUACAACAAGGAACUUCUGAAACAGACAAUACUCAAGCAUGAGGCCAUAUUCAGGGACCAAAUUCAUGAGCUUCACCGUAUUUACCAGAAACAAAAAGAAUUAAUGGAUGAAAUUAAAAGGAUUGAGUUACAUAAACAUACUAUAAGGUUGGAGACAUCAUCGUCAAGUUCCUCUUUGUAUUACUCUCAAAACUUGCAUUGGUUCACUAGUCAAUCAUCUAUUUUAAAUGCUGAAGGCAUCCAGUUACCAUUGGCUUCUAUGCAAGAAAUGAGCAAGCAAUUACAUCCUACUCUUGUUGCUGCUCCUGCCCCAGCUGCAAUCAUAGAAUCUUCGAAAGAUACUACACUAUCAGUAUCAGCUUACAGAAAAGUUGGUAAGAAAAUAUUGGAUCUUCAACUUCCAGCUGAUGAAUACAUUGAUAGUGAAGGUGAAUCUUGUGAAAAUGAAAGGGCUAUCAAAGAGCUCGCACUGUCAACUUAUACUUUAAAUGGAAUUUCUAAGGCUGUUUAUAACAACACUGUUGAGAAACCAUUUAGAACCAAUUUUAAUGGUUUUUCCGACUUAAAUUUGCCAUUUAAGCUUGAAGAAGAGACUGGUGUGAAGUAUGCUGAUUUUGGUGCGUCAAUCCAUCACAAAAACUAUACCUUUCAUGAUAUGCCGAGGAGAAUUAAACCAGGUUCUCAUAGUUUUACCAAUGAUGUCAUCCAGAAUUUGGAAAGAAAACAGGAUCUCCAAUCUUGUUUAGAUCCCCCACUACCAAACAAGGGGACAAAACAUGGACGGCUGCCCUUGGGUACUGGUUCUGGGCAAAACGGUAGUGACUUGGGUUCGCUUGCUAUAUUUAAUGAUACAGAAAACCAAUCUGUUUCAAUUGAAUCCAUAAGUAAGAAGCUGAAACAAGUUAACAACUCUUCAUAUUUUCAUUCUACCAAUCAAACUGUCCCGGGACUGAGAACGGAUAGGGAUAGCUUUGCUGGAAGGCAUAAUCCCACAAGUGGUGUCUGGAUUGGACCUAGCUAUGCUUCAUGCCCAUGUUCUUCUCAUCAGCUUCUUUCUGAGUCUGACCUGAAAAGUUCUAGGAUUUCACCAUCAGUGUUAUGGAAAAGUAUUGGAUCUGGCUCUAAUUUAGAUUGUCAAAACUGUCUUCACAGCAAAUUUUGUAACAGGUCCAAUCUGUUGGGUCUACCAUCAAUUAGUGCUGAUGAUCCAAACUGCUGUGAUCGUGGUCCAUCAUCAGCUGGCCAUGAGCUUUGGAAGUAUGUUAAGGAUUCAGAAUAUGUGGAGACUAACAAGAACAUAAACCUGAAUGUUAUGCCUGUUGGUUCUUCUGAAACCAAAGCUGCAGAAUUUCAAAGCAUUCGGAUAACAUUUGAAUAUGAUAAAUUUCAGGAUUCAAGGUUGCCUUGGCUUAAAGAAAAGCCUGCUGUACCCAAGGGAAACCCCACUGAUGAAUGUGAAGCCUCAACCCCCAUUGAUUCUUCCUUUCUGAAUCCUUCGAAAUCUGGGUGUGUACAUUCUGAUUUGGAGUUGAAUAAGGUUCAAAAAAGUCACAUGUGUGCAUUCGACCUUAAUGGAAAACCUCAGACACCCAAAGUCGUCCAGAGCCUGUCCACAGAUCAUAGGACUGAAGAAAUUAAUAAGAUAUCCAAUGUAAAUUUGCAUUCUGAUGGUUAUCCUGACAUGGGCGAACAAGCAUCUGUCAGUGAAUACAUGAAGAGUGAAAAGAAGCGCAAACAUUCAUCAGGUAUGCUUGACCUAAAUUCAUGCACAAAUGAAGAUGAAAAUAUGCCAAUUGAUAAUGAUUUACAAGCACCUGCAAGUCCAGAAAACAAGGAAUGUUCUCCACCCAGAGGAGAAUCUGAUGAAAACCAGGCUGAGAUGUUGCGAUUGGCAGGGCAGGAGCAGGAGGUUCCAGAAGCACGAGAAGAGCAAACCAGAAUUGCAGCCGAGGCUUUGGUUUCCAUAUCAGAAGCUUUGACCUAUGAUGGUAUCCAAAUGACAAAGUGCCCAUCAUCUGAACCUUCUAUAACUAGUUAUCUCCACUGGUUUGCUGGAAUUGUGUCUACAGUAGUCGAUCAUCCAGAGCAUGAGGUUAAGGAGGAUUUCAAUUGUGCCAUUAAGGAUCUUGAGGACUUUCUGCCUGCUGACUUUGAUUACUUUGAGUUCAUGUCCUUAAAUUUGUCUGAUACCAAGGACCUAUACAAGAGCAGUGGCCAAAAUGAGCAAGAAGGUCUAUCUACUUCACCAAGUCAACCAAGAAAGUGCCGAACAAACAGGAGGAGGCAGGGGAAUGACUUCCAAAGUGACAUUCUCCCAAGCAUUGCUUCUUUGUCUCGGUAUGAGGUGACCGAAGAUCUUCAAACCAUAGGAGGUCUCGUGGAAGCUGCCAGAAAAACUCCCCCAGCAUCAGGUUGCCUUAGAAGUGCCGGCAGAAAUGUAGUAGCGCGGGGUAAGAGAAGGGCUUGUGGUUCAUCCUCUAACAUCACAGACUUGCUUUUGAACUUGAAGGAACUAAAUGUUGACACUGAAAUUGCCAUUGAGAAAAUGGGGUACAUUAGUUGGGGAAAGAUUUGUAGAAAGCCAAGGGGAAAGAGAUUUCCUACCAGUAAAUCCCACUUAAUAUUUAGCCAAGUACAUAACUAAUUCUAAAGUUAAGUUCAUGGACUUUUGGAUGAGGUUUUUAUGAACUAUAGGAUCCUCUUGUAAAUGUUGUCAUAGACACUUCAUAGUAUAUGAGAUUAUGUUAGAAGAAUAGAAAAGGAACCCAUAUGUAUGUUCAACUUGCUUAUUGGAAUCAAAUUCAUUCUCUCCUAUAUUGGGGAUGCAAUGACUUCUACUUA